AUGUCCUUCGAGGGUGCCAGGCUCAGCAUGAGGAACAGAAGGAACGGCCUGCUGGACAGUACCCGGACCCUGUACUCCAGCACGUCCCGCAGCACGGACGUGUCCUACAGCGAAAGUGACUUGGUGAAUUUUAUUCAAGCAAAUUUUAAGAAACGGGAAUGUGUCUUCUUUACCAAAGAUUCCAAAGCCACGGAAAACCUGUGUAAGUGUGGCUACACCCAGAGCCAGCACGUGGAAGGCACCCAGAUCAACCCAAAUGAGAAAUGGAAUUACAAGAAACACACCAAGGAAUUUCCAACGGACGCCUUUGGGGAUAUUCAGUUUGAGACUCUGGGGAAGAAGGGGAAGUAUAUCCGGUUGUCCUGUGACACGGACGCGGAGACCCUCUAUGAGCUGCUGACCCAGCACUGGCACCUGAAAACGCCCAACCUUGUCAUUUCCGUGACCGGAGGGGCCAAGAACUUCGCCUUGAAGCCGCGCAUGCGCAAGAUCUUCAGCCGCCUCAUCUACAUCGCGCAGUCGAAAGGUGCUUGGAUUCUCACUGGAGGCACCCAUUAUGGCCUGAUGAAGUACAUCGGGGAGGUGGUGAGAGACAACACCAUCAGCAGGAAUUCAGAGGAGAACAUCGUAGCCAUUGGCAUAGCGGCUUGGGGCAUGGUCUCCAACAGGGACACCCUCCUCAGGAAUUGCGACGCUGAGGGAUAUUUUUCAGCUCAGUACAUAAUGGAUGACUUCAAGAGAGACCCUCUAUAUAUCCUGGACAACAAUCACACCCAUCUGUUACUCGUGGACAAUGGCUGCCACGGACAUCCUACGGUUGAGGCAAAACUGCGGAAUCAGCUGGAGAAGUACAUCUCUGAGCGCACUAUUCAAGAUUCCAACUACGGUGGCAAGAUCCCCAUUGUGUGUUUUGCCCAAGGAGGUGGCAAAGAGACUUUGAAAGCCAUCAACACCUCCAUCAAGAGUAAAAUCCCCUGUGUGGUGGUGGAAGGCUCAGGGCAGAUUGCGGACGUGAUCGCGAGCCUGGUGGAGGUGGAGGAUGUGCUGACGUCAUCCGUGGUCAAGGAGAAGUUGGUGCGCUUCUUACCCCGCACGGUGUCCCGGCUGCCUGAGGAAGAGACCGAGAGUUGGAUCAAAUGGCUCAAAGAAAUUCUCGAAAGUUCUCACCUGUUAACAGUUAUUAAAAUGGAAGAAGCUGGGGAUGAAAUUGUGAGCAACGCUAUUUCCUAUGCUUUGUACAAAGCCUUUAGCACCAAUGAACAAGACAAGGAUAACUGGAAUGGGCAGCUGAAGCUUCUUCUGGAAUGGAACCAGCUGGACCUAGCCAGUGAUGAGAUUUUCACCAAUGACCGCCGAUGGGAGUCUGCUGACCUUCAAGAGGUCAUGUUUACGGCUCUCAUAAAGGACAGACCCAAGUUCGUCCGCCUCUUCCUGGAGAAUGGUUUGAACCUGCGGAAGUUUCUCACCAACGACGUCCUCACCGAGCUCUUCUCCAACCACUUCAGCACCCUUGUGUAUCGGAACCUGCAGAUUGCCAAGAAUUCCUAUAAUGACGCCCUCCUCACGUUUGUCUGGAAACUGGUAGCUAACUUCCGAAGAGGCUUCCGGAAGGAAGACAGAAAUAGCAGGGACGAGAUAGACAUAGAGCUUCACGACGUGUCUCCUAUAACUCGACACCCCCUGCAAGCACUCUUCAUCUGGGCCAUUCUUCAGAACAAGAAGGAACUUUCCAAGGUCAUUUGGGAGCAGACCAGGGGCUGCACUCUGGCAGCCCUGGGAGCCAGCAAGCUUCUGAAGACUCUGGCCAAGGUGAAGAAUGACAUCAAUGCGGCAGGGGAGUCCGAGGAGCUGGCCAAUGAGUACGAGACCCGUGCAGUUGGGGUUGGCACAGUCUGGGAGAAGCUUAUCCAUGCAUUACGACUCCGAGUCCACUGUCUCCCCCUUCCUGUCACCUAUCCGCCUCCGGAAAUAACCCCGGGGGUCCUGCAGAAUUUUCUUUCCAAGCAGUGGUAUGGAGAGAUCUCCCGAGACACCAAGAAUUGGAAGAUUAUCCUGUGUUUGUUUAUUAUACCCUUGGUUGGCUGUGGCUUUGUAUCAUUUAGGAAGAAGCCCAUCGACAAGCACAAGAAGGUUCUGUGGUACUACGUGGCGUUCUUCACCUCCCCCUUUGUGGUCUUUGCCUGGAACGUGGUCUUCUACAUCGCCUUCCUCCUGCUGUUUGCCUACGUGCUGCUCAUGGAUUUUCACUCGGUGCCACACUCCCCCGAGCUGGUCCUCUACGCCCUGGUCUUUGUACUGUUCUGCGAUGAAGUAAGACAGUGGUACAUGAAUGGGGUGAAUUAUUUCACUGACCUGUGGAAUGUCAUGGAUACACUCGGGCUUUUUUACUUCAUAGCAGGAAUUGUGUUUCGAAGGUUUCUGUGGCUGAGCUGGUUGGGAGACCUGAUUGACGUGUUCUUCUUCCUGUUCCUGUUCGCGGUGUGGAUGGUGGCCUUUGGCGUGGCCAGGCAAGGGAUCCUCCGGCAAAACGAGCAUCGUUGGAGAUGGAUAUUCCGCUCGGUCAUCUACGAGCCCUACCUGGCCAUGUUCGGCCAAGUGCCCAGCGACGUGGACGGUACCACGUACGACUUUGCCCACUGCACCUUCACUGGGAAUGAGUCGAAGCCGCUGUGUGUGGAGCUGGACGAGCACAAUCUGCCUCGGUUCCCCGAGUGGAUCACCAUCCCCCUCGUGUGUAUCUACAUGCUCUCUACCAACAUCCUGCUGGUCAACCUGCUCGUCGCCAUGUUCGGCUACACCGUGGGCACCGUCCAGGAGAACAACGACCAGGUCUGGAAGUUCCAGAGAUACUUCCUGGUGCAAGAGUACUGCAACCGUCUGAACAUCCCCUUCCCCUUCGUGGUCUUUGCCUACUUCUACAUGGUGGUGAAGAAGUGUUUCCAGUGCUGCUGUAAGAGGAAAAACACGGAGACUUCUCCUUGCUGUUUCAAAAACGAAGACAACGAGACUCUGGCCUGGGAGGGUGUCAUGAAAGAAAAUUACCUCGUCAAGAUCAACACGAAAGCCAAUGACACCUCAGAGGAAAUGAGGCAUCGGUUUAGACAGCUGGAUACAAAGAUUAAUGAUCUCAAGGGUCUUCUGAAAGAGAUUGCUAAUAAAAUCAAAUAG